ACACGCAGCUCAGAAAACGCGGGCGACUCGAAAGAAAUGACAUUACGGCUUUUUGAAUAUAGAAUAAUAUAGCCGCGUUCUUUUUUUUUAAUUAGAAGUGCCACAGAUUUUUGCUCUUUUUUAAAUAUAGAUGAUAAAACCUUAAAACUUUUAAAAUGAAUGUGCUAAGUGAUUUUUAUAAUGACAGUUCGAUUGUUACGAGGCAAGUGCAUCCCGCUGAAUCGGACGCGGGAAAAGUAUUGGGACUAUUGCCAGUGUUCGUUUUAAUUUUAAUAAUAUUCAUUAGGUUAAUCUACGUAUUAUAUAAAAGUAAAGGACAAAAGACGCGCAAUCCGCAGCAGAGGCGACCGUACAUGGGUACCCGUUCCCGAACAUCUCUGCCAGUCUCGGAGCCCACUAUUUACGUCAGUCCGGCCAACUUGCCCCCACCGCCCAAAUAUGAGGCGAUGGCUCCACCAAGUUACGAAGAAGUGGUCGGUAUCCACUAUCCAGCAUACCUACCACCAGUACAACCUAUCAACCAGCCAAUAACAAACGCGUUAGCAACGCAAAGCUCGAAUUCAACUGUUACAAAUACCGAUACCAAUACCAUACCCAACGAAACGAUACCUGCAGAAACGACAACGGUAACGACUAUCGACGAGCGACGUCCAGUCGCUGCAGCAACAUGAACCAAAUAAGAAAUAUCGAUAUGUAUUUAUUUUAAUUAUUAAAACCAGUAUUCACGGGGCCAAUUGUACUUUAAGAUAUUAAAUUACCAAAGACAGGUAAAAUAUAGGUAUUUGUAUAAUUGUUGUUAAAAUUUAAUACCAAUAUAAUAUAAUAGGAUUUAUUACUCUCUGUCAUACAGUUAUUAUGACCGGGAAUAAAUACUUUUUGCACAAAUACGUAAUAUUUUUCCACGCUAAGCCCCAAACUGGUAUGCAUUUAGGCUUCAAGCCAUAUUAAAUAUCAUAUACGAUUUUGCGAUAAAGAGCAAACGGGUUCAGAUAGUCAAUUAACAUUUGGUGUGAAAACGCUUGAUAAUAAAAAUACCGGAGAAUUUGUAUUCAUAUUUCUAUAUACUUAAAUUUACUUGUCUAGUCAAGUAUAUUAUGUCGUAUAGUAAUAUCAAAACAUUUCCAAAUCAGUUUUUACACUACUGAGAGUAGGUUUAUAUA